AUGGUUUUCAAACCGUUUACCCACCUCGCGCGCCAGAGUUUCACAAAAGCCUUCACCCAUGGCUAUGCUCAAUCCGUAGUCGCCGCGUCGCAGUCCUCCUACACAUCCUCCGCCACCUUCAACCAAAUAGCAAAUCAACCCGCCGCCAAGUUCUCCCGAUCCGCUCUUCAGAAUGUUUUCCAACCGUCCAGUUCUUCCUCCGGCGCCGGCGCUAAGGCCAGUCAGGGCGGUUCCGGCUCCGGCGACGUGGGCUUAGCCGCCUACUAUCAGGCCUGGCAACAUGCCCAGCAAACCGGAGAUGAUAGCGAUUGGAAGCAGCUGCAGAUGAAACGACGCAUCGGGUGGAAGCCGUCGUCGGAAGAAACUGCCAAGGCGAAGGAGGAAGAGAGCGCGUCCAAGUCGCACGAGAAUCUUCACCGGUCGCCGCAUCUCACCAAGGCUUCGGCCAAUGCCGACGUCGGUGCGCAGGUAGAGGAAGCUGUGGCCCGUGAGAUCCAGAUUGCGGAAGAGCAAGCACAGGCGGAAGAAGCGGUCGAGGCCGAGAACGCCACCGAGGCGUUCCCCGAUCUACCAGACGACGUCGCUGCCAUCUCGGAUGCCACGGCGGAGCUCUCCAACACUGCGUCCGAUCGCAUCGUUGAGCUGGCGUCGACGAAGAAGUACGCCGAGAUCCCUGGGGCGUUUGCCACGUUGCUGAGAGAUGGUCUGACUCCCACGGUCGGGGCCUACAAUGCCCUGCUGGAAUCGGCCAUUCAACUCCACGGUGAUAGCGCCCAGGCCAUCCAGAAGGCGCUGGAUGUCUACUCGGACAUGCUGCGUCGCAAGGUGAUUCCCGACGAGCAGACAUAUCGCACGCUGGUCGAGCUUUUCGUCGUCCGUGCCCACGAUGCGAUCAAGGCCAAGGGACUCUUGGAACAGGAUCGUCUACGAUUUGGCGGCAUGGAGGAGGACGGCAAGUUCAUGCUGCACUCCAGCGAGUUGGAACGCGCAAUCCUUGACGAGGAUCACUCGCUCGACAUCGCCCUGAAGCUCUUCAACACGGCCAUCGCCCGACACGCCGACCUGGUCUUCUCCCUCGACACCUACCGCUACCUGAUCACCGCUUGUGCCGCCGAGGGCCGCGUCGAAAACAUGGUGCGCGUCUACGCUCACAUGGAAUCCCACAAGGUGACCCCGCACGCCUCGAUCUUCCCCUCGAUGAUCGACGCGUUUGCCUCAACCGGAGAUAUGCGGAGCGCCGUGGAGUGCUACAACGAAUACAGGGCGCUAGCGGUGUCGGACGAUAACGGUACCUUCAGCAUCGUCCAGCGAUUGGACGCGCAGGUAUACGCUGCCCUGGUCAAGGCGUACCUUUCGUGUGGCAAGGAGGAGGAGGCGCUCCGAUUUGUGGAACGCAUCCGGUCCUCGUUUGACGAUGUCACCGAGAACCGCGAGACUCGUCAGAGCGCCGUUGAGUCGGUGAUUGUGCAGGACGCGCUGGUGCGCCACUCUCUGAAAUCCGGCGAGCAUGAUAGGGCGCUAGACCAGGCCAAGACCCGCUUGCAGGAUAGCGCGCUGGAUCAUGCCAUGGCCCAGAUCUGCAUCACCGCGGCGGAUGCCGGCAACCUGAAGGCUGCCUCCGAGGCGUAUGAUUGUCUGCCCACCGAAUGGGCCCUCCGACAGGCCCCCGCCGUCUCCUUGCUGGCGCUGCACGUCCGACAAGGCAAUGUGACCGCGGCCCGGUCCCUGUGGCACGCGCUGAGCACCACCGGUCAGGCUACGUCGGACAUGAUCCAGCCGACCGUCAUGUACGCCGCCGCCCUGCUGAAGAAUGGUCAGAUCGAGGAGGCCCUACGGGGUGCCCGCAAUAUGUUUACCCGGAUUCGCAACGCUUCGUCGUCUUCUGUCAACCACAACCCCCUUCUGCUGAAACCCGUUCGUGAACAGAUCAACGAAAGCAUCCACCUUCUCGGUCGCGUCCUGAGCCAAUCUGCCGCCAUCCUCACUCCUCCCGCCGCCAUGACUCUACUCUGGUCGAUGGCUGAGAACGGGGGCAUGGUCUCCCCGGUCGCCGAGCACGUUGUCGCCAGCUUCGGUCCCAUGAGCAUCUCGCAGCUCAACGCCCGCGACCUAACCCUGGCCCUGCAGAUCCAGGCCAACAUGCUGGUCAACGGCAACGCUGCGGCUUUCGACGUCGCCCACCCCAUCCGCUUCGCCCACAUGCUCGACAUCGCCCUGGCCACCGGUCUCCAGAUGGACCCCUUCACCACCCGCGUGGUGGACCAGGCCGUGGGCAAGCUGUUCAACAGCCGACCCGACAUGGUCCGCCGCUGGCACGACCAUCUCGGCCUCACCUCUAGCCCCCCGUUGUCCUUCGUCUCCGAUCGCCACAUGAGCCCCGUCUCCGAGCUCUCGACGAACCCGAGCACCGCGCCCGCCGAGGACUCCUUCGACCCUUACGUCUACGCCACCGACUUUCGCGGAUCGGCGACGAUCGCCGAGGAGCUGGAGCGCACGAGCGGCCGUGCCGAGUCGCAUCUGAACGACUCGCUGAACCGGGUGCGCAACAUGCGCCGCGCCGGUCGUCACCCUCGCUACAUCACCUACGCCAAAUUGAUCACCGCCGCCGCCAAAAUUAACCGCGUGGACCUCGUCCACGAGAUCCUGAGCAUGGCCCGGCGCGACGUGCCUCUCCUGCCCCAGUACCACGCGGUGAAGUACGGCUGGGUGUCGAUCCUCGACGCCAUGGUCGCCGCCUGCCUGACGCUGGGCGACCGCAGCCUGGCCGCCAAGUACCACGGCGAGCUGCUGGAACUCGGCUCCGCGCCAUCGGCCAACACGUUCGGACUCUACAUCGCGACCCUCAAGGGAUCUACCAAGACCUUCGACGAGGCGACGGAAGCGCUGAAGAUCUUCCACCGCGCCGUGGCCGAGGGUGUCGAACCCACCUCGUUCUUGUACAAUACCCUCAUCGGCAAGCUCGGCAAGGCCCGUCGCAUCGAUGACUGCCUGCUGUACUUUGCUGAGAUGCGCGCCAAAAACGUUCGUCCCACGAGCGUUACGUACGGCACAAUUGUCAACGCCCUUUGCCGGGUCAGCGACGAGCGGUUCGCCGAGGAGAUGUUCGAGGAGAUGGAGUCGAUGCCCAACUACAACCCCCGCCCCGCCCCGUACAACACGAUGAUCCAGUACUUCCUCAACACCAAGCGUGACCGCAGCAAGGUUCUGGCCUACUACGAGCGCAUGCUGGCGCGGAACAUCCAGCCCACGAUGCACACCUACAAGCUGCUCGUCGACGCGUACGCCUCGCUGGAGCCGGUGGACAUGCCCGCGGCCGAGAAGGUGCUCGAGCGCAUCCAGGCCAGCGGACAGCGACCCGAGGCGGUGCACUACGCAUCGCUCAUCCACGCUAAGGGAUGCGUCAUGCACGACAUGGAAGCCGCGCACGACGUGUUCCGCUCCGUCGUGGCCGAGGGCAAGGUGCGCGUGCAGCCGUGUCUGUACCAGGCCCUCCUCGAAGCGAUGGUGUCUCACCAGCAGGUGGGCCAGACCGAGGCGAUCGUGCAGGACAUGGCCCGCCGCGGCGUGGAGAUGACGGCGUACAUUGCCAACACGCUCAUCCAGGGGUGGGCGGCCGAGGGCAACAUUGCCAAGGCCAAGGCCGUGUACGACAGCAUCGGAGUGACCCGCCGGGAGCCGAGCACUUACGAGGCCAUGACCCGGGCUUUCCUGCUGUCUGAGGACCACGAGGGAGCCUCCCGCACCGUGCAGGAGAUGCUCUCUCGAGGCUACCCCAGCGCCGUUGCCAGCAAGAUCGCUGAUCUUGUCGGCGGAGCGGCCGUUACCGCCUCCCUCUAA